UGUUUUGCUGUUUUAUAUAGGAUUAAUUUUGAACAUGCUGAAAGGGUUGUUCAAAUACAUAUAUCCAUAUGCCUUUUCGUCUAAUGUGUAGAUAUUCGUGAAUGCAAUGCAAUGCCCUGCAAGAACAACGGAACAUGCGUGGAUGGCACAGACUAUUACGAGUGCUAUUGUCUUCAGGGCUUCAAUGGAGCAAAUUGUGAAAUCGAAGUGGCAGAACUUGCUAAUCCAGGAUAUUCCAAUGUCCUCUCCAUGGAACUUCAACUUGUGUGGGACUUCCCAGUUCAAGGCAAUGACGAUGACAUCAACUGCACAGCCAAAUACAGGAUUCAAGGCACCAAUAAGACAGAAGACAAAAAUGUGGGAAGUACAUCACCGGGUAUCGUGACGGUCUUGGAGCCCUACACCAUCUACGAGUUUCAGCUGAUCUGUGUGAAUCUUGCUGGAAGCAGCGAGCCUCUCGACUUUCCACCCCAACGAACCCUAGCUGGAAAGCCGUCUCAGCCUCAGAAUGUACGUAUUAGUAGUAUACAAGCAAGACAGGUGUUUGUAGAAUGGGACGAGCCAGCGGAUAAAAAUGGACCUAUCGAUGGAUACUUUAUCAUAGCUAGACGUCGAGAUCUCACUUAUGUAGCUUUAUCUGCUCCUGGAAGCGGAACCAGCGGUACUCUUCUAGCGCUUACACCAUAUCAAAUUUACACAGUCAGUGUAAAAGUAUUCAAUCUCAACACACCGGAAGGGAACCAGUUUAGUGAAGAAUCACCCCACUCGGACCCUUUUACAACCUUACAAGCUGAAAGCAGUGGCACGCCUGUGACUUUGACGAUCGUAUCUGUAACCGUGAUUCUUGUCCUCAUCUGUGUCAUCAUGAUGUUCAUUUGUAUUCGUAAACGCAAAAGAUCUCAACAGCAAGGGAACAGGAGUUCUCCCAUCGCUUCGGCAAGCUUCACCACGACUCCCCGUAUGUGCACACACUUGUUACCCGCAAAUUCACCAACAAGCUCAGGAAAACAACAAGUAGACGAUGUAUACUAUGAAUAUGAAAGGGUGUGCGUUUGCGGGCGGGACUCGUCGAAAUCGAGCACCCGUGCAAACCAAGGAACGAGUCAGGGAAUCUCCUUGACCAAGACGAAGUCGACUUCGGAAAACGACCAGUCGCAUGAUUAUGAGAAUCCGUCCUUCGACGAUAAGGAAUAUACUGACCUUGAUUUCUCUCAAGUCAAGAAGGGCGGUGAUCCAACGAAGCCGACGUCCUCCGGGAAGGAAUAAACUGAUCUUGAUUUCUCUAAGAUCGAGUAGGGCGGUGAUCCAAUGAAGUCUUUUGACGGUAAGGAAGAUGUUGAUCCGGCCUAUGAAGUUUGUAUCAUAUAGAAUGUAAAUCAAAUAGAUUUCAAGUCUCUUACAAAAUCGAAUUGCAUCAAUUUAAACACUUGAAAUAUAUAUUGAAGACAGUCGUGGGGAUUAUCAUAACAAAGAGAAUUACCUUAUGAAAUCAUUAUUUUGUUUGCGUAAAAGAUUUAUUAAAAGUAUCUAUAAUGCUGGAGUACCAUUAAACCCGUUGAUUGAAAACAUAAUUCUAAAAAACAAAAUCACGUUAGCCUUUUAUUAUACUACACCACAGACGUGUUUAAUGGAAGAUUCCAACUAGAGGGUAUUUUAUUCAAUAACCAAGAUGAACAGUCCCUUUCUUUUGUAUCAUUUCAUUAAACGAUACCGUUAUAUGAUAAAACAAGCUCCUUGGUUUUACCGAUACUGAAUGCUGAAAUAAUUAUCUUCAUGACUGGACUAUGAGUGACUAAUGGAAACCCUGUUAGGAGUAAGUUGAUUCUUGGUUAUGAACUUAAAACGAAUAAUAAGCGCAUGGCUUGCUUUGAUUUUCUCUAAUGUCCGAGUGACUCCAUUAUGAAUAAUCCCUCUUUUUAGUGCUAAGUCGCUUUCUUUUUGUAUAUUAAUACCUAGGGUUGUUGAUCCUUUAUUUUCAUCGAGAGAUUAUUUAAUGAAAUGGUCGUGAGGAAUGGUGCCACAUUCCUGUAAUUGUUGACAACUCCUGAAAAGGGUCAGUGGCCCUGAGAUUUAGCAUAUAUACGUAGAAAUAUUUUUUCCCCUUUUGUAGUAACUGCAGUUUUGGUCUAUGAUUGAAUUUCAAACUGAAAGGUUUGAGAGGGCAAUUUAUAUUCAAGUAAUAUAUGCAUGUAUGUACUUAAAACAAUCUCUUUUAUUGAUUCUAUAUUUUGAUUCGUCAUGAUUUCGUACUCUUUUUUGUCUUCAAAUUGGUUUUAAAGAGAAGGUUGAG